AAGUGGGACAUGGUAAAAUCAAAAGAUAAGGUUGGUGAUAAAUAUAAUAUACAUGUACAUUGAACAAAAUUCUGAAGUCUUGACACAUUAAAAAUGAGCACAAUGACUAAAAGUCUAAUUUUUGUAUUAGUUUUGUUUAUUCAGAGUUGCUCGUGUGAAGAUAGUCCGCGGACGUACAGUGUCCAUGAACUGUCGCAGUUUGUGAGGACAUUUGACUUGAAGUUGGCGGAAAUUGAAGCAAAACUCGAAAAGCAGACGAACCUCAACAGAAAAUACGAGGAGAAGAUAAAUGAUCAGGACAGAGUAAUCAGGACUCUCAGUGAUCGUCUGAACACUCAAGCAACCAAGAUUCUGAAGUGUGAAAAACAAGUUAAACAGGCUAGUGACUAUUUCCAGUCUUUGAUCCAUUCUUUAAGCGACAAGACGCAUGGUGAAUAUACAGGAAAUGACCAUGAUCCUUAUCAGAAUUCUACAAAGGACCAUGCAGGAAGCCAGAGUAGUUUAAAGGGUCGGUUUGGGAAGCUCACUGGACAUCAAAGCGUGCCAAACAGACGACAAGCACGACAAAGUGGUGAAUGCACGGCGUUCUCGGUGUAUCUCAAUCGCAAGGUGACAGGCCUUGGUCCCGAUCAUACGAUACAGCACGGCGGAGUCGUCUUGAACGAGGGCAACGCGUACAAUGUUCACACUGGUGUUUUCACAGCCCCAACAAAUGGUGUUUACCUAUUCACUUUUGCCGUUGAGAACUACGACGAUCAUAGAAUCUGGGUCAAGAUUGUGGUCAACGGGGAACUGCGGUCUACAGUAGUAAUACAUCCGUAUCCAGGGUACCGCACCAUGGGAAGUAACUCCGUAGUUCUUCGACUGAAAGCCGGGGAGAGCGUUUGGACGGCAGUAGACUCAGCCGAGUCGGGGGACUCUAUUGAAGGAAGUUCACAGAUGCGUGCAACUACAUUUUCGGGAGUACUUUUAUGUCAGUAACACAUUGUUUUACUGUUGAAACGGUACAUUUGAUAAUUAAACAUUAUGAUGC